AUGUCCAUUUCUUUGGUUCACUUCUUCCUAUUUCUGCAAUAUUUGUUUACAUUAGCAGAAACAUCUCAGCGGGACUGUUCUGAAUACAGGAUGUCCAGCACCUUUAUGAAGACUGACAUAAUCCUAGGUGCUUUUAUUCCAAUUUAUAUCACAGUAGAACUAUCUCAAGUAACGAAGAUAUUUUUUGAUAGCAAACCGGAUCUAUUAUUCAAUAUCACUACGGAAAGAUGGGAGAACUACCAAUAUUUGCUGACCUUUUACUUUGCCAUUGAGGAGAUCAAUAAAGAUUCUCACCUGCUUCCCAAUGUGACCUUGGGUUUCCACAUGUACAACACCUUUGACUCUCACAAAAGAACCUUAGAGGGCCCUCUGAUGUGGCUGUCUGGAAGCAGUGAGUUUAUCGUGAACUACAAAUUCAAAACUCAAUACAAUGCUCUUGGAAUCAUUGCAGGAAUUAGGCCUGAAUUUUCUGCUGCAAUUGAAACCCUUUUGGGGCUGUACAAAAUUCCACAAGUCACAUAUGGAAUGUUUGAUUCUUUUCUAAGUGACAAAGAUACAUUCCCAUGCCUUUACCAGAUAUCUCAUAAAGACACAGCUCUUACCCAAGGGGUGAUCUCUUUAUUGCUGCAUUUUGGCUGGAAGUGGGUGGGUAUCUUUGUGUCUGAUGAUCUGAAAGGCAAGGAGUUCCUCUCAGACUUGAAAGCAGAGAUGGUAUCAGAAGGUAUUUGUGUGGCCUUUACAAAAAUAAUCCCAACUAAUUGGAAGUUUCAGUUGUCUGUGAUUGGAUUGGUAAAUUUCAUUCAAUAUAUACAAGUUAAUGUAAAUGUAUUCUAUGGUGAUAUGAAUGAAUUAGAGCUUUUAUGCAUUCAAAAUGGAAUCAUGUCAAUCAGAGGAAAGGUGUGGAUCAUGGCAAAACCCCAUUUAGUUUACUUAGAAUCUGAUUUCAAUAAGCCGAAUGAGUUGAUGAACUCUUUUGAAGGAAGCUUCUCAUUUUCAAAGAAGAGAAAUAUCCCUGGCUUCAAAUACUUUCUUGAGUCACUUACACCAUCCCAGUACCCAGGUGAUCUUUACUUCCAUAAAUUCUGGGUUAACAAUUUUUAUUGCUCACCUCCUCUUUUGCUAUCUGGAAAUGAAAAACCCUGCCCACUGAAUCUAUCCCUAAAGAAUAAGCAAGAGAAAAUUGCUGUGAUGGUCACUUCUGAUCUCAGUUUUUCCAUAUGGAAUGCAGUGUAUGCAGUGGCCCAUGCUCUCCAUAAAGCGCUUUUGAAGAAAACAGAAAUAGCACCUCACAAAGAUGCAAACCAGGACUGGCUUCUGCCUUGGCAGCUUCAUCCAUUUCUGAGGAAAAUCCAAUUUACAAACACUGCUGGAGACCAGAUUUGCUUUGAUGAGAGCAAGAAUCAUAUGGAAAAUUAUGAUAUACAAAACAUUAGGAGAAAUGCUAAUCAUUUUUCAUUUCUAGUUAAAGUAGGAGAGUUUGUCUCCAAAAGUCUACAAGAUCAAGGCUUGUUCAUCAAUGAAGUUCUGAUCAAAUGGCCAAGCAACUUCAAUCAGAGUCCUCAAUCUGUAUGUACACAGAGCUGUGUUCCAGGUUUCUGGAAAAUUCUAGAGGAAGAAAGACCGAUAUGCUGUUUUUCUUGUAUGGUUUGUCCAGAAGGGCACAUUUCCAACCAGACAGAUCAGAAGGAGUGUAUCUCUUGCCCAAUUCAAAAGUAUCCAAACCCUGAGAGAAACAACUGCCUACAAAAGUCAGUGACAUUCCUGUCCUUUGAUGACUUUCUGGGCAUGGCUCUGGCCUGCACAGCUCUGUGCUUGUCUGUCAGCACAGUUGUAGUUUUUGGAAUUUUUCUCAAGCACCAAGACUCACCCAUCGUGAAGGCCAAUAAUCGGACUCUCAGCUUCAUCCUGCUCAUCUCCCUCCUCCUCUGCUUCCUGUGCUCCUUUCUCUUCAUUGGCCAGCCAAACACAGCCUCCUGUGUAUUGCAACAAAUUACAUUUGCUCUGGUGUUCACUCUGGCUCUUUCCACUGUUUUGACCAAAACUAUAAUUGUAAUUCUGGCCUUUAGAGCCACGGCACCAGGAAGAACAAUAAGAAGGCUCUUUGUCUCAGGCAUCUAUAACUCUGUCAUCCCCAUCUGUAUCCUGAUCCAACUUAUUCUCCUUGGAGUCUGGCUGGGAACCUCACCUCCCUAUAUUGAAGCAGAUGCACACUCUGAACAUGAUCACAUCAUCAUUUUGUGCAACAAGGGCUCAGUCACUGCUUUCUACUGUGUGCUGGCAUAUUUAGGGACCCUGGCCAUAGGGAGCUUUACUGUGGCUUUCCUGGCCAGGAACCUGCCUGAUAGAUUCAAUGAAGCCAAGUUCCUGAUAUUCAGCAUGCUAGUGUUCUGCAGUGUCUGGGUCACCUUCCUCCCUGUCUACCACAGCACCAAAGACAAAGCCAUGGUGUCUCUGGAGGUCUUUUCCAUCUUAGCAUCGACUGCGGGGCUGCUUGGGUGCAUAUUUUUCCCAAAGUGCUACAUAAUACUCCUAAGGCCUGAUAAAAAAUAUUUGAAAUGUUUCAAAAACAAAAGACACUCUCAAAAAUAA